AUGAAUGUUGGUGGAGGUCAAGCAUUUAGAAGUGGAAUGAAUAUGGGUGGUACCAUUCAAGGUUUAUCCUCAAACUUGGCCACCAGUGGUAAUCGAAAUUAUGUUCCUGGAAACCCAGCUUUGGGUCCACGUAUUACAAACAUUGUGUGCAGAAGUAACAUUGGAAUAAAUAUAAGCUCUGGUGGGUUGUCGGUGCCGAUUAUCUCAUCACACAUCGAUUUUAGGGUCAAUGCUGCAAGUGGAAGACGAAAUGUGCAAGGAUCCAUGAUGAAUGGCCUUAUUCUGCAAGGUAUGCCUGAUGGAGCGAUUGGGUUGAUGCUGAAGCUGAUAUACUCCCCUAAGUUGCUCCAAUCGGGAAUGCAGAUAUACUUCCGUUUCUUCCUAUGGAUUUUGUGGUUGCCAGAUGUUCUCUCACUGUGGAUUGGUAUGAAGGUUGUAAAACAUUUUCAUUAG